AUGUGGCCUUCCGUUGCAAGAACACGUGAGGUGCGUUGCUGCGAUUUAAAAGGAGAUAAUGAGCUUGAAAAGGCAAGAAAUAACCAGCGUACUAGACGGCGCACAAGCACACAGACAUCACCUUUGGCCAGGCAAUUCCUGCUUCAAAGGAAUGACGAAAUCCUAGAAGAAGAGGUCCAACCAGGCUUCAUUUACGAGAUCUACGUACCACAAAAGCCUUCCUCCUAG